UGGAAGAUGAGGUCGACCCUCGAUGCCGCGUCGCGACGCCUCAUCACCCGGGGCGUCGUCCUCGCGAUAUGCACCGGACUAGCGGUGUCGACGGAGACCUCGACCCCGGCUGCGGUGAACAGAGGAGCUGCCAGGCAGAUGUACGGCAGCGGAAGUUUGCGUCAGACCGGAAGCGCUCCCAUCCUCCUGGGCACGACGUCGAGUCCCUCUCUCAAGAGCAAGGACCAGCAGGAGGGCAAGAACGACCUGCGCCACGAGGACAAGCCUGGAGAACAGGACCCUGAAGAUGAAGGACACCUGUACGAGGGCCACGGGGGGUAUGGAUAUGGUGGGUCGGGAAGGACCUACCAGAACUCCAAGCCCCACUCGCAACUGCCCCCAGGACUCUAUGGGAACGCCAGGAUCCCGAUGCCCAUGCCUCCGGAGUUCGACUCGCCGGAUGACGUACCCAGCUUCAGGAAUGGAGCUCCUGUCAGUGGAAUGAGGAUCCCCACAAAUAAUGGCGGACUCUAUGGCCAAGGACGAGGAAACGGUGGCUUGGCCGAUCGAGGCAGGGGCAGAGGUGGACAUUAUGGGGCCUUCGAGGCUGGAGAAUACGAUCCAGGAUUCGCGAGCAAGGAGCGCAGCAGGGUAAGGAACAACCUGCCACGAGGACACGGCGUGGGUCAGGUCGGAGAGCCGGAGGAUCAAUUUGCUCCAGAUCGCAAGACUCUCAUUCAGGAGCUGGACGACGAGAGCGAGGCCAGGGACGAGUCCUCCACGGCUCCCUGUGGGUGGACCUGCUUCAAGGAUCAAUUUCUCUGCGUCAGCACCUGCACCUGCACGAAUCUGAACUACCGCUGCGAUGGACAGGCCGACUGCGACGGGGCGGAGGACGAGGCGGAUUGCGAGGAGAUCCUUGAAUCCAGGAACUCGAAUGGGACCUGCGUGGGUGCCAGGAACGUCCGAUGUCCUGAAUCCGGUCGAUGCAUCUACAAGAAGUGGCUCUGCGACGGCGAGGACGACUGCGGGGACUUCUCCGACGAGGCGCACUGCGAAUCCCGGGUCAACUGCACCAAGGACCAAUUCGAGUGCAGGAACGGACUCUGCGUGGAAUUGUCCUGGCAAUGCGACGGCGAGAACGACUGCAAGGACUUCUCCGACGAGGAGAACUGCGGAGCGAAAAAGAAGUGCAACCAGGACGAGUUCAAGUGCUCCGACGGGAGCUGCAUCCCCAUGAAGUGGAGAUGCGACGACGACGAGGACUGCCUCGACGGGUCCGACGAGCACGAGUGCCAGAUGUUAAAGCUCCGCUGCAAGGAAGGCUACUUCGAGUGCGCUUACCCCAAGUGCAUGCUGCUGACGUUUAAGUGCGACGGAGAGGACGACUGCGGCGACGGGAGCGACGAGGAAAAUUGUCCUGCCGUCACCGGAAGAAGCUGCAACGCCAACGAAUUCCAAUGCGCCAGUGGGAAGUGCAUCAGCAGGAAGUGGCUGUGCGACGAGCAGAUCGACUGCAAGGGCGGCGACGACGAGGCCAUGUGCGACCACCCCAAGCCCAGGGAAUGCUCUCCCCAGGACGAGUUCGCCUGCUCCACUGGAACCUGCGUCCCCCGACUCUGGGUCUGCGACGGGGUUCCCGACUGCUCCAAAGGCGAGGACGAGCAGAACUGCGCAGUCACCUGCGAAGCCACUCAGUACCUCUGCAAGGUGUCUUACGGUACUAACGACACCACCCCUGCAAGUCCCCUGCACGGUGGACCCCACAAUUACCACCAUUACUGCAUCGGCGCGAAACGAGUCUGCGACGGCGUCCUGGACUGCCUCGAAGGAGACGACGAGCUGAACUGCCCGAAAAAGCGGACCUGCACCGCGGAGGACAAGUGCGCCCAGCAGUGCAUCUUGACUUCUGAUAACAGGAAGUCCUGCGCCUGUGAGCCAGGAUUCAUCCUGGGCACUGACAACGCGACUUGCCACGACGUGAACGAGUGCGAAUUCGAGAAGGAUCCAGUGUGCAGUCAGUACUGCAAUAACACUCUGGGGUCCUUCGUCUGCGAAUGCAUGAAAGGAUACGUGCUGAGGCCGGACCUGAGGACCUGCAAGGCACUGGGAGAUAACCCCACCUUGCUGUUCGCCAACCGAGUGGACAUUCGACAGGUGAGCCUGACGAACUCGAAGUACACGUCCAUCCUGAAGGGCCUCCACAAUGCGAUCGCUCUGGACUAUCAUUACAAACGAGGGACGAUAUACUGGUCGGACGUGUCGAUGGACGUCAUCAGGAAGGUCUUCGUCAACGGGACCGAGGCGGAAGACGUCAUCCACUGGGGGUUGGUGAGUCCCGGGGGAAUCGCCGUCGAUUGGAUCCACAACCUGCUCUUCUGGACGGAUUCUGGAACGAGAAGAGUAGAGGUGAUCACCCUGGACUCGAAAUUGAGGCACGUCCUGAUAUCCAGCGACCUGGACAAGCCCAGAGGCAUCGCCGUGCACCCUAAUUACGGCUACGUGUACUGGACCGACUGGGGUCCAAAUCCGAAGAUCCAGCGAGCCGAUAUGGACGGCUCCGGUCGAGUUUCGCUGAUAACGGAGUCGAUCCUCUGGCCGAACGGCUUGACCAUCGACUACACGACCGACAGGAUCUUCUGGACGGAUGCGAAGCACCGGGUCAUCGAAUCGGCGCACCUGGACGGAACGGACAGAAAUAGGGUGAUAAACAAGGGGAUGCACCACCCGUUCGCCAUAACCGUCUUCGAGGACUCGAUAUUCUGGACCGACUGGCACCUGAAGAGCAUCUUCUCCGCCAAUAAGGGGACGGGUCGAAGCUUCAAGACCAUCCGCUCGGGUUUGCACUUCCCGAUGGACCUGCACAGCUACCACCCCCAGCGUCAGCCGGACUACCCUAACCAUUGCGGCGACAACAAUGGGAAAUGCUCUCACAUGUGUCUGCCGAAUAACACCGGGUACAGCUGCGUUUGCCCGGUGGGCUUGAAGAUCAAGAAAGACGGGAAGAACUGCGUGACGACGCCGGACAACCUGCUGCUCUUCGCCCGGAAGAAGGACCUGAGGCUGAUGCCCAUCGACCAGUCGACCCGGGUCUUCGACACGGUGAUUCCGGUAGACCUGAUCGGGAGUGCCGUGGCACUGACCUGGGACUCCGACGAGGACAGGAUUUACUGGACGGACGUCGAGACGAAGACAAUCAGCAGGGCGUACCUGAACGGGACCAACCAGAGCGCCAUUAUCAGCCACAAUCUGGACGUCCCAGCGGGCUUGGCGAUGGACUGGGUAACCAGGAAGCUGUACUGGACCGACGCCGGAACCAAUCGCAUCGAGUGCUCCAAUUUAGACGGCUCCAUGCGAACUCUUCUGGUGUACCGGGGACUGGACAAACCGAGGGACGUUGCCGUGGAUCCUAGUGCCGGGUACAUGUUCUGGAGCGACUGCGGGGCGAAGCCUAAAAUUGAGAGGGCAGGGAUGGACGGGAGGCAGCGCGAGGUCCUCCUCGAGGACAACCUGAAGUGGCCCAGUGGGCUGGCUAUCGACUUCGAGAAGAAGAGGCUCUACUGGGCCGAUGGUGGCACCAGAAGAAUAGAACACAGUAAUUUCAAUGGCGGAGACAGGACCUCUUUGAUACCGUCCGACCUGCAGCAUCCUUUCGGCCUGGUGAUCCACAAGAACAAGGUCUACUGGACCGACUGGGUGACUCUGAGCAUCCAUCAGGCGGAUAAAACCACCGGACAGAAUCCAACGGUCCUGCGGUCUGGAAUCUCCGGUCUCAUGGACGUCAGGGUCUUCCACAGGGGUCGGCAGCGUUUCCGCAACCCCUGCGGCCGGAACAACGGAAAUUGCUCGCACCUUUGCGUAGUUGCGCCGGCACCUCGUCGAUUCGCGUGCGCCUGUCCUACCGGACUGGUCCUCGGGGCUGACGGGAAGACGUGUCCGGAUCUGCCGUCGAAGUACCUGGUGGCGGCGCAUCGCGUGGACAUCAGGGUCAUCUCUCUCGACGUGAACUACACGGUGGACGUGGUGCUGCCAGUCUCGUACCUGAAGAACGCGAGUGGGGCAGACGUCAAUCGAAGGACCGGGGACAUCUUCUGGACGGACCCUGGCCACGACGUGAUAAUGAAGACCAGCCUGGAUGGGAAGACCGUGGAGACGGUCAUCGACAACGGCCUCGUGACCGCCGACAGCCUGGUGGUGGACUCCAUCGGUAGAAAGCUGUACUGGACGGACGCUGGGCUGAACAGCGUGGAAGUCAGCGAACUCGACGGGUCCAACCGGAAAGUCCUGGUGUGGUCGGGUUUAGAUAAUCCUCGGGCCAUUGCUCUACAUUACCCUGCUGGGCUGAUGUUCUGGUCGGACUGGGGCCACAAUGCACGCAUAGAAAGAGCCAACAUGGACGGGCAGUUCCGGACCACCAUCGUCGCAGAGAACCUGGUAUGGCCGAACGGACUGUCGGUCGACCUCGAAGAGAACCUCGUCUACUGGAACGACGCCAAACGGAGGGUGAUAGAGUUCGCGGACCUGAACGGGGAGCACCGGAAAACGGUGAUGCAGGACGUGGAGCAUCCCUACGGACUGGCGAUCAUGGACAACUUCGUCUACUACAGCGACUGGAAGGCCAAAGCCAUUGUUCGCGCCGAAAAGAAAUCGGGAGCCAACAGGACCGUCCUGGUGAACAAACUGGAGGGCACGAUGGACAUCAGGGCCGUCAGCUUCCUGGAUGUGAACAUGGCGGAGGAUGCCUGCGGCAAGGACAACGGGGGGUGCUCUCACCUGUGCCUGAGGAACCCAACGGGCUACACCUGCGCCUGCCCCACAGGGAUCCUGAUCAACGAGGACGGGAAGACCUGCAACUCGAUUCCCCAGAAUUUCCUGCUCUUCGUGACCAAGCGGGCCCUCGUCAGGAUGUCCUUCGACACCCCUGAGAUCUGGAACGUGGCCUUGCCGCUGAAGGGAAUCCACGACGCCCUCUCCGUGGAUUUCCACUGGCAGAAGAGGUUGAUCUUGAUCACGGACGUCCGUCUCAGGGUCAUCCGGGCCGUCAACAUGGACGACUUCUCCACCUGGAGGACCAUUGUCACGGGGUCCAACGUCUCGGCACCCUUCAGGGUUGCCGUGGACUGGGUGGCCGACAACGUGUACUGGACCGACAUGAAGAAUAAGGUGAUCGAGGUCGUCAAGAUCGACGGCAGUUGCAGGAGGAAGCUGGUCGAGGAUCUUCGGGAGCCCAGGUCGCUGGCCUUGUUCCCCAGGCAGGGGUACAUGUACUGGUCCCAGUGGGGCGAACACGCCUCCAUAGAGAGGGCCACUCUGGACGGGGCCAACCGGAAGACCAUCGUCUCCACCGACCUGGCAUUCCCGAACGGACUGACCAUCGACCACGUCAAUCGGAAGCUGUACUGGGCGGAUGCCCUGAAGAACAGGAUCGAGAUGUCCGACCUCCAUGGCCGGUACAGGGUCCAGCUGGUUCCGGAGGCUGUGAACCCCUUCGGUCUCACCCUGUACGGCGACCACAUCUACUGGGUGGACUGGAUGCAGGAGGUCGUGGAGAGGGCCGACAAGGCGACCGGGAAGAACCGCAGCAAGAUGAGGACCGCCAUGGGCAGCAUGACGGAUAUCAAAGCGAUUUCCGCGGAGAGGCAGACGGGAUGGACCCCGUGCGCCGUGGAGAAUGGAGGCUGCUCUCAUCUCUGCUUCUUCGUCCGGAAGGACUACAAAUGCGCCUGCCCUGACGAGCCCGAUUCGUCGUGCUCAACGGUCCCGAGGAACAGGAUGCCGCUGAGGAAGCCUGGCACCGAGGAAGACCCUGACUAUGACUUGGAAGAGGAGCCGAAACUUCCCGAGGUGGUGACCAGGCCCUCCACGAGGCACGGCGACGACAAGUUCAAGGACUACAAGUUCAACAAGGAGAAGAGCUACAGUCUGAAGACCGUGCUCUUCACCAUAGUCAUCAUGGUCGGCAUUACUCUGGCCAUUGUGGUCAUGAUCAUUUACCUGCUCUGCCAGAGGAAGACCAACCAGAAGAAGCACUUCUGCUCCAGUAGAAGGAACGUCUUGACCUUCUCCAACCCGAACUACAACGCCUCCAGUGGCGAGGUGGGAACCUGUAACCCUCCUCAGGACAGGAAGUGCUUCAUCUGGAGGAGGCUGAAGUACGACAAGUCCCAGGAGAGAGUGUACGAGGAUAACGGACAGACCUCGAGCCCUGAAGUCGUUUCACUGAUACCCCACUCGGCUACCCCGAGCAGCAGCAGGGCACCCUCAGUCACCCCCAGGGAGUCCUCGCCACCUCUGACACAUCUCACGCAUCUCAGUGGUUAACGCAGUAUGAUAAGAAAUUGCGGGACAGAGAUAGGGACGAAAGGAAGACCGAGGGAAAUUUCGUUCAGAGGUGCAGCCACCCUGGGGUGAGUGCGCCUCCAAAAGGGAAAGGGUAAAAAAUAUUUUCCCCAUCCUCUUCAGGGCGA